GCAAAGUUGACGUAAAGGUGACGUGAAGCCUCACUUCGUCGCAGUGUUUAUUUGUGGAGGUCUGCUGCUGCAAUUAACUAGUUAGCGGGGUCUUCUGUUUAGUCAGCUUCCUCUUUUUCAAGUGGUCGACAUCGAGACACGUGUCGGCUGCUGGCGAGCUAUGAAGAUGAGAAAGCGACCGAACCUUCUGUUAACAGGAACCCCUGGUGUUGGAAAGACCACUUUAGGAAAGGAGCUAGCCCAGCGGACAGGGCUGAACUAUGUUAACAUAGGAGACCUGGCCCAGGAAGGACAACUUUAUGAUGGCUAUGAUGAAGAGUACCAGUGCCCGAUUUUGGAUGAGGACAGGGUGGUGGAUGAGCUGGAUGAAAAGAUGGUAGAGGGUGGUGUGAUUGUUGAUUAUCAUGGCUGUGACCUGUUUCCUGAACGCUGGUUUCACAUCAUCUUUGUCCUCCGAACAGACAACACUCAGCUGUACACACGGCUAGAGAGCAGGGGUUACACAGGGAAGAAGCUGCAGGACAACAUACAGUGUGAGAUCUUCCAGACUAUCUAUGAGGAAGCCAUGGAGGCCUACAGUCAGGAGAUUGUCCACCAGCUACCCAGCAACACUCCUGAAGACAUGGAGCGCAACCUGGAGCAGAUAGUGCAGUGGAUUGAGCAGUGGAUGAAGGACCAUAACUAGAAGCUGAACUCUACCUGCUGGCUUCCAGUGGCAGGAUUAUCUACAAAGAUUAUUUAGAUAGUUGAAUAUGAAUUGUAGUUAUUUUGAAUCUGUGUUUAUUUUCAUAAAUUUGAAACCAUAAUGACUUCAUUCAGUGACCUCCAGUUCACAAGGAGUGCUGUUGGGCUAACUCUCUGUAAUGUGCAAGUGCAAGCUAGUGUCAAAUCAAAGCACUGGUGUACAUUGGUGUAUCAUAUUUUUGUAUAAAUAAACGAUCACUGGGAAACAGUGUUUUCAAGUAUUUCACACAUAAAAACAGAAAAAGUGUGAUUUGAGAAGUGGUGUAAAAGACUCCGUUAAGUGGAUCUCCUCAGGUAGAUCAUCCCAGAGUCUCAAAGCCCUGACAAAAAAAUCAGUCUACAGCACAAAACUGCUAAAAGUGAAGUUCUGGACUUAAGUAAAAGAUAAAUGUAAAAAUCGUUCACCUUUAUUCACAAAAGUUUAAAAAAUGACUUUAAGAGGGCUCCACAGGUCUCUGAAGUCGUUUCACAGCAGAUCCUCUAACUAAUGCUGAUAAAAAAUAAUACAUUAGCUGAAGCAGUAUGAUUUAGAAUAGAGUAAUUCUGGUCUUAAUUGCAUUUUAACAUUUUUUUUUAAUUAUCAGGUACAAACAAAUUUCAAUAAAUCUGACUGAUUUGCAAUCACUGUCUAAACAUCUUCACUGUCUGCAGUCUGCAGCAUGGAAUUCAAUUCUCCUUAUUACAUGAUUUCUCCUGUGUAUAUACAUAUAACUGUAAAACUAAAAGUCAAGAUGAGAUGAAGCCAUGUAAGACAGUUUCAGUGUUUAGGUUGAAUCCUUAUUUUACAUAAUACCUUAUAUUUCUAAGUUGAAAAAGAUACAAAGAGAAACAAUAGCUGGCACAGAAUGUCUGGCCAGAUUUGUUUUUUUUUUUUUUUUUUUUUUUUUUACUUACUCAUUACAUGUAUCCAGAUUUAAUCAUCAUAUCCAAAAUGUACUGUUUUGCAGUUUGCACUGAAAAUUUAAAACACCCUAGCUUAUUUUACA